UGGGUAUGGAGGAUAUGGGUGUGAAUGGGGUUGUAGAUAGGAGAAUGAAUGAGGAUGGAGGUGAGGAUGGUGUAGAAACCAAAAUUAAGUCAGAUUUUGAUAGUAAGAUACCUCAUAAACCUUUCAAAAAACUGAUGAAAUUAGCCACUGAGCCUACUAAUCAACAGGCUAAACUCGACAAUGACCCAUCUCAAGUAUCUAUUACUUCUGAAAAUCCAUUUGUUCCUCCUGUCUUUAUCUCCACUCCAUUCUCUAUCUUUGCUAAUAAAUCCUUCAUACUAAAAUCCCUCCGCCACCUCCUUCACCCAAAAUCCCACUUCACCCCUUCUCUGCACUCCCUUUCUUCUAAAACUCCUGAAGCCCUAAAGAGAGUUAGGGGAUUUUCUGUUGGCAACAAAUAUCAGCAUGUUUUGUUUCUGGAUUCGAUGAAUUUAUGGAAUGCUAACUUUUGAGAUAAUUUGAAGAUCACUCAGCCGAAUUAUGAUAAGAAAUGCUUAGGGUUAAGCGUUAGUGGAAUGUUCCUUGACAAAAAAGCAUUGGUUAGAGUUUUUAGGGUUUCUAAAAGAGCAAAGAGUAGGAAGAAAUUACUUAAAAAACGCAAAAAGUUGAUUAAAAUGAUCAUGGAUACUUACAAUGUUAAGGAAAUUCAUUAUAUUGAGAAAACAGAUACUCUGGUUUAUGAAGUUGAAAAUUUUAGAGUAAAAAAUAGUCACUAA